CGAUUCGAGUAACGUGCAAGUGUGGAACAGACGUACUUUGUAAAUAUCGGCAUCCUUUUAUCACAUGACAUAAAUACAAUUAAAGAAAAAUAAUAGAAGAAAAAAAAAACAAAGAUGGCUGCCGUUGAUGUGACAACUAUCGGGAGCGCAAACUUCAGCACAAUAAAAACGGACCUAAAACAUAGAGAGGGAACGAAUACUGACAAAAAUAUCGAGAACUACAGCAAUGGAUACAAUAAUUUUGAUGAAAAUGGCGUUGACAUUAAUAUGAAUAAGUCUGAAAAAAUAUCGGAGAUUCAAGAAUUUUAUAAUGGAAAGAAUAUUUUAAUUACGGGUGCUACAGGGUUCCUCGGUAAGAUCCUCAUGGAAAAACUCCUGAGAUGCUGUCCAGGCGUUGAAAAUCUUUAUCUACUGGUCAGACAAAAACGCGGGAAGGACAUAUACACGAGAAUCGAAGAGAUGUUCGAGGACCCGGUUUUCAAUCGUCUUAAAGAAGAAGUGCCGAAGUUCCGACACAAAAUCGUCGCCAUACCAGCGGACUGUGAGGCUGCGGGCCUAGGACUAAACAUCAGUGACAGACAGACGCUCAUCGAAAAAGUCCACGUGAUAUUCCACGCAGCGGCCACGGUAAAGUUUGAUGAGCACCUGCGCGCUGCGUUGAUUACAAACGUUCAAGCGUCGCUGUACUUGCUACAACUAGCCAAAGAUAUGAAGGGCUUGAAGGUCUUCAUGCACAUAUCAACGGCGUAUUCAAACUCUCACCUGACCCACGUCGAGGAGAAAUUCUAUCCUUGCGAGUCUGAAAGCGAGAAACUGCACAAUAUGAUCAACAAACUAACGGAUGAGCAAAUUAAUGAUAUUUUGCCAAUUAUUUUAGACAAAUGGCCCAACACCUACACAUUUACCAAAGCGUUGGCGGAAAAGGAAUUGAGGCGGAACUCCAAAAAUGUGCCAUUAGGAAUAUUUAGACCGGCCAUCGUAUCAUCAACUGUCAGAGAGCCUCUGAAAUGUUGGUUGGACAACAUGUAUGGACCGACUGGUGCUGCUGUUGGUACUGUAACUGGGAUGCUGAGGUCAAUGCAGUGUGAUGCAUCCGUUACAGCCGACAUAGUGCCCGUUGAUUCAGCUGUCAAUUGUCUCAUGGUUGCUGCUCAUGACGUCCACAAGCAAUUUAAAAACAGCUCAUUAUUAGAACCACCAAUAUUUAAUUAUGUAAGUUCAGUGGAGAAUCGAAUAACUUGGGGCGACUUCACGAACUUAAACUUGGCGACGAUUGAUAAACAUCCUUUCUCAAAUGCUGUCUGGUACGUCUCCUUGACUCUAAACAAAUCGGCUGUAAUGCAUCAAAUAUAUAUAUUUUUCCUUCAUUUAUUACCCGCGGCGCUGGUCGACGGAUUAGCUUUAUGUAUUGGAAAGAAACCUAAAAUGUUAAAAGUUUACAGAAAGAUACAUAAAUUCUCUUCGGUACUGAGGUAUUUCUGCACGAGAGAAAUAACUUUCUGCAAUCGAAGGACCAGAGAACUUUGGGAGAAUACUUCAGUUUUGGACAAACAGAUAUUCCCAUUUAGUAUGAGCGAUGUAGAUUGGAAUGAUUAUUUCGAAGAUUACCUUGCCGGUAUCCGACGAUACCUGUUCAAAGAUAGCGACGAAACGAUACCGCAGGCCCGCAUUAAAUGGAAAAGAUUAUACUAUCUCCAUCAGAUAGUUCGAUUCAUUUUCCUGAUGUUUGGGAUUUACGUCCUCUGGUCUAUAUUUACACGAAUAUUUUAAACUUUACGAAAAAGAAAAUAUGUUCACACUUACCCAAUCAUUGUCUCUUCAUUACAUUACUGAAUGGGCAUUUAUUUAAUAGUCUAAAAUAUAAAACGGGUCUAGAUAUGAACUGAAAUAACUUUAACCCGAUGUUUUAUAUUGCACCAAAAAUAAUAAAAUCUAUAUUUUAUAAAAGAAUUAUCUUUUCCAUUUUUAUUUAUAAUCUGUUUAUGUAAUGGAAUAUUCAAUUCGUAUAAAAAACCGGUCCUAUUUUUUUCGUAUAAAUAAUUAUAGCGUGUAGAAGUAAGAAGAAAAAAUUCUUAUCCGACAAAAGGCUUUCCGAAAUGUAUGAAAUAAAGCUUCUAUAAGUAGAGGGUUCCGGGUAUCACCUGGAAUUAACAUUUAAGCGUGUAUUUAUUGGGACUUAUAAAUUUGAUUUACGCCACGCGCCUUAUUCAGAAUCUAUGUCAGUAAUCAUUAUAAAUGAUUACAUAGAAUCGUAAUCAUUGUAAAUGAUUACAUAGAAUCGUAAUCAUUAAUUUGAUUACAUUUUGCCAAAGUCUAUGUCUAUCUCUCUAUAAUUCUGUUUUACUCUAAAGAGUAAUAGCACGUAUUGUCACCCAUAGCUCCGGCUGCGCUUUUUAUUUACAUUUUGAAUGACACUUGUGUAUAAAACGCAAGCAAUCUUCUUACUUUUAUACUGCAUACUAAUAACAAACUCCUUUUAUAUAUUUUAUCGGUUUAAUAUGUUUAGUACAUAAUAUAAUAUAUAUUUUUAUACCGUAGAUUCCAUAGAUAAUAUGUUUAUAUUUUAAUUUUGCAAGAAACGAAAACUAAUUUAAUAUUUUUUUAAUUUGUAAAAUAGUAGCGAGGUGAAAGGGGGGGUUUUUAAACGAUAAAAAUAUCGUUAUUUAGUUUAAGCGUUGUACAGGUUUAAUUAAGUUUGUGUAAAAAAAAUAUAUAUACUUAAUGUAGAUUUAAAAAAUAAAAUGGAAUAAAAUUUAA